GAACAGUGUGGAUGCUGGAGAUUUUAAGUCUCAUCCGUAACAACGGAGACCCUGCCUGGUGCCAAACCACGCCCAAUUGGGAUCGAGGUCCCUGGUUCGAGACAGUGAUAGGAUAUAGGACAGCUCUGACCAACAAGUCACCACGCAUUAUUAGCUCCCACCUGCCUGCCCAUCUUUUUGCCAAGUCUUUCUUCAAAUCCAAAGCUAAGAUAAUCUACACGGUCAGGAACCCCAAAGAUGUCUUGGUGUCCCUCUAUCAUUUUGCUUCAAUGUUUCAUCCCUAUAAAGACCCUGGUACCUUGGAUCAAUUUCUUGAGGGCUUCCUAAAAGGAGAUGUGCCUUUUGGAUCCUGGUUUGACCAUGUUAAAGGUUGGAUGAACUUGAAGGACAAAGAGAACUUCUUCUUCAUUACAUAUGAGGAGUUGCAAGAGGAUCUGCGAGGGAGUGUUGUUCGUAUCAGCCAGUUCUUAGGCAAAGUCUUAGAUGAUGCAGCCAUUGACUCUGUGGUUGCGAAUGCCUCCUUUGAAUCCAUGAAGAGUAAUAAGAUGUCCAACUUCUCACUCACUCCGAAGUUCAUCAUGAACCAAAAGAAAAGUGCUUUCCUUCGCAAAGGGAUUUCUGGAGAUUGGAAGAAUCACCUGACUAAGGCACAGAGUGAAUGUUUUGACCAAGUCUACAAUGAGCGUCUACAAGAUUUAAGUUUCACUUUUCCAUGGGACAAGAAAUAAAUUUGCCUUUUUCCAGGUGAUUCCCUCCAUUACUGGACUAAAUAGUGACUUAUCAGGAUACUCACUGUCUAGUGCAAGAUGUUGUAGAUUAGUAGGAACAUCUAUGGGAGGUACAGGAGUUAUUCAGAGGGUUCUCCUGAAUUUCAUGGGAGUAGGGGAAGAUAAUUAUUAAGGCCAGAAAGUUAGAGAUUAGGAAUAUGUAGGAUGGGGUGGAUUAAGAUUUCAGAGGUAACCAAACUAUAGUGCUGAUAUCUUACAUCUCAAGAUAUGGUUUGAACAUACAUGAUGCUGAACAUCUUGCUGAAAUCAAGCACAUUUGAAUCUGGUUAGCUCCUGGAGGGAAGACUGACCUACUGUCUAUGAACUCCCUUGUCCUUGAUGGAAAUUGCAUUGUAAAUAUAAUAUAAUAAAUAAA